UAGGCAUAUUAUUCAACUUAUAUUUCAAAGAACUCCCCACAUGGCAGAUUCUGACCACCUCUCCCCCAGUUGUUUACAUUAAAAAUUCUCUCAAUCUUUUCAAUCAUCACCACCUUCGGUUUCAUCACCCACCCCACCCCACCCCACCACUCCACAUUGGGUUUUGCCUGUCAAAUUUCAGAGUUCUUGUUUGUCGGGCUCUGCAAAAGAAUGAGGAGGAAGCUGGGCUCAUCCACUAUCACAUUUACUUCCUAUACCUGCAUUGUUAUAUUCUUGUUCUUGCAAUCCAGCUCCCUGCGGUUAGUGCUGUGCCAAUUGGAUGAGUUUAGUCCACCCCAGUUGCAAAGCCCGGCCGCUCUUGAUUUCCUCACUCAAGUAGCUUACAGCAGGCUUGAAAAUCUCACCUCCGAUCUUCUCUCCAGUAAACUCGUCCAAGAUUAUAGCUAUUGCAUUGAGAAUCCGGAAGCUGAAUGGAAUACAGCUUUCAAUUAUUCUUCGGAUGUGAGUUUCUUGACUGCUUGCUUGUCCAAAACUGGAGAUGUUACUCGGCGGUUAUGUACAGCAGCAGAAGUGGAAGUGUAUUUUGAUAGCUUGAACAAUGGGGGGUUGAAGCCUAACAGGAACUGUAAUUCCUCCUAUUGGGUUCCAGGUUGUGAGCCAGGAUGGGCGUGUAGCGCUGAUACGGAAGAGCCAGUAGACCUAAAGAAUUCUCAAGAGAUACCGGCUAGAGGAUCUGAUUGCCAGUCCUGUUGUGAAGGUUUCUUCUGCCCGUACGGUAUCACUUGCAUGAUACCCUGUCCAUUGGGUUCCUACUGCCCACUUGCUACCCUGAAUAAGGAUACAGCGAGAUGUGAACCAUAUAGUUACCAACUUCCACCUGCACAACCAAACCAUACUUGUGGUGGUGCAAAUAUUUGGGCAGAUGCCCACACAAGUACUGAGAUAUUCUGUUCUGCUGGUUCCUACUGUCCAACAAGUACGGAGAGAAUAGCUUGUAGCAGCGGGAACUACUGUCCAAUGGGUUCUACGGAUCAGAGACGAUGUUUCAAGUUGACUACAUGCGACUCCAGAGCAGCAAGUCAGAAUAUUCAUGCGUAUGGAGUUAUGCUAAUCGCUGCAUUAAGCACUCUUCUGCUGAUUAUAUACAACUGUUCUGAUCAAAUUCUUACUACACGAGAAAGGAGAUAUGCCAAAUCCAGAGAAGCAGCUGCAAGAACUGUGAGGGAAAAGACGCAAGCACGUGCAAGGUGGAAAACUGCAAAAGAAGCUGCUAAAAAGCAUGCCAUUGAACUACACUCUCAAUUUUCUGGCAAAUUUUCUAAGAGGAACGUCACACAUUCUGAACAAGAUAAGAUAUUGAAUCACGCAGAAAAUGGAACAACAGAUGAUUUAUACCCGUCUAUGUCAACUGUCUCUCAGCUAUCAACCUCUGCAUCUGAAAGCAAGAGUACAGAACCCAGCCAUUAUGUGGACAUGAAACACGGGAAGGAAGAUGAAAGUAGUAGCUUUGAGGUUUUUGAUUCUGGAAACAAAAAUAUGAAAAAGAAAACUUCAAAAGAUAAAGAAAUUCAUACUCAUAGUCAGAUUUUUAAGUAUGCAUAUUCACAACUCGAGAAAGAGAAAGCUCAGCAGCAACAAAAUAAGAGCCUUACCUUCUCAGGAGUCAUUUCAAUGGCCACAAACAAAGAAACUAGGAAAAGGCCUCUGAUUGAGAUUGCUUUCAGAGACCUAACUGUCACUCUGAAAGGCAAACAUAAAAAUCUAUUGAGGUGUGUCACUGGAAGGAUAAGGCCUGGCCGCAUUACGGCUAUCAUGGGCCCAUCAGGAGCUGGGAAAACAACUUUUCUUUCAGCUCUGGCUGGAAAAGCAGUUGGAUGCACGGUUAACGGCUUGAUUUUAAUUAACGGAAAGACAGUUUCGAUUCACUCCUACAGAAAAAUCAUUGGUUUUGUGCCACAAGAUGAUAUUGUGCAUGGAAACUUGACUGUGGAGGAAAAUCUAUGGUUUAGUGCAAGGUGCAGACUGUCUGCAGAUUUACCAAAGCCAGACAAGUUUCUCAUCGUUGAAAGGGUUAUCGAGUACUUGGGAUUGCAGACGAUUCGGGGUUCCUUAGUUGGAACAGUGGAGAAGCGAGGUAUCUCUGGAGGCCAGAGGAAACGAGUUAAUGUUGGUCUUGAGUUAGUAAUGGAACCAUCUUUAUUAUUCUUGGACGAACCAACUUCUGGGCUAGACAGCUCAUCUUCACAGCUACUUCUUAGAGCACUUAGGCGAGAAGCUCUUGAGGGGGUAAAUAUCUGUAUGGUUGUCCAUCAACCAAGCUAUACAUUGUUACAGAUGUUUGAUGAUUUGAUACUCCUAGCAAAAGGGGGCCUCACCGUCUAUCAUGGUCCGGUGAAAAGAGUUGAAGAAUACUUUGCUGGUCUUGGCAUCAUUGUUCCAGAGCGUGUCAAUCCUCCAGAUUACUUUAUUGACAUUUUGGAGGGGAUGGUUAAAACAAGCUCAAGCUCCGGCGUGAGUUACACGGAACUUCCUGUUAGAUGGAUGCUACAUAACGGUUAUCCUAUUCCACCAGAUAUGAGAGCUAAUACUUCUGCAACUGCUACGCCAACAUUAAACAUUGACCACGGUUACGACUUUCCCGGUUCCGUUACUGAGGAACAGUCCUUUGCUGGAGAAGUCUGGCAAGAUGUUAAAGCUAAUGUGGAGAGAAAACGUGAUAUGAUAAGACACAACUUCCUGAAGUCAGCUGACUUGUCGUAUCGAAGAACCCCAAAUAUUUUCUUACAGUACAAGUACUUCCUUGGAAGGGUUGGUAAGCAGCGAAUGCGAGAAGCGAAAACACAAGCAGUAGACUAUCUCAUCCUGUUAAUUGCUGGGGCCUGCUUGGGAUCACUUACUAAAGCAAAUGAGGCAUCCUUCGGUUUUGCUGCUUAUACCUAUACGAUAAUUGCUGUCUCUUUGCUGUGCAAGAUUGCGGCUUUGAGGUCAUUUUCCCAGGACAAGUUACAAUACUGGAGAGAAAGUGCUUCUGGCAUUAGCAGCCUGGCUCAUUUUGUGUCCAAGGACACAGUUGACCUAUUCAAUACACUGAUAAAGCCCAUGGUCUAUCUCUCGAUGUUUUAUUUCUUCAGCAAUCCAAGAUCGUCCUUUGCGUAUAACUAUAUUGUCUUGCUCUGCCUCGUUUACUGUGUAACUGGUAUAGCUUAUGCAUUGGCCAUUUUCCUCGACCCCGGCCCUUCCCAGCUGUGUUCGGUACUACUUCCGGUGGUUUUGACCCUCAUUUCGACUCAGUUGAAUGCAAGCAAAAUUGUGAAAGAUUUAGCGAGCUUUUGUUAUCCGAAGUGGGCACUAGAAGCAUUUGUGAUUGCAAAUUCUGAACGGUACUAUGGUGUGUGGCUCCUAACACGUUGUGGCGUGCUCCAAAAAUACGGCUAUAACGUCCAUAAUUGGGCUCUUCGUCUAACUUUCCUCAUUCUUGCUGGUGUAGUUUUCCGCGCCAUAGCUUUCAUCGGUAUGAUAACUUUCCAAAAGAAAUGAGUUAAACCUCGCUUCGUCAAAGUAACAUAAUGAAGUAGAACAGUCCUGAAAAAGGACAUCGGUUUUUGUUCAAACAACGACUUCUAAAAGAAACAAGGCCAGCAUCCAUUUGAUCUGCAUACCUCCUUAUUACAGGAAGCAGAUGUUUUACUAGGUAGUUUACUGGUAAUGAAUGAAGCUCUGCUGGACAAUGUUGUAUAACUAGGUUGAAUGUUUCCUAGGAUCUGUUUCUUGGGCUGCGAGAGCACCAUUACUGCACCAGUCCAACGAUUUACCACGAAGUGGUGACAGACACGUAUAUUUUGUACAAAUCUUUUCAUUUUUCAAGUCGCUACUAUUCAUUUGAUCGCAGACAUUCAUAGAACACCUCUAACAAAGGGAUAACUAGUCAAUUUUGAAAUAAUUUAUCGUCUAUCUUAU